AUGAGAUACCAACUCACAUACUAUGAUGCUACAGUUACGUGCCAGCAAGAUUUUGGGGCAGCAUUAGCAACCCGCGAACAGCUUUCGAAAGCAUUGCAGUCUGGUCUUGAAGAGUGUCGGGCAGGUUGGAUAACGUCCGCAGAGGUGGCUUACCCUAGGAUUAACAAACAUUGGAACUGCGGUGAAAAUAGAACUGGUAUUAUAUCAUACGGAAUACGACAAAACCUGCUGGAAAAGUGGGAUGUAUUCUGCUAUAAGUUAGAUGACGAUUGUUCACAUUAUAACCUGAUGUAUGUUAAAAUGCCUAUAGCUGAGACGAGGGAACAAAUUGGCAUUGGAUUUAGUGACUCUGCAAAUCUGAAACAAGCUAAUGAAUCAACUCCAUCACAAACUGCGGUUGCCCUUAACGGUAAGACUAAAUUCAUUUCAACAACUCAGUCCUCAAGCCUACUAAAUGAGUAUAUUACUGCUUAUGAGGAACCUAAGCAGCCAGCGGCUACCUGGAUGGAUUUUCCACAAAAAAUAUUCUCAGAAAAAGUCAACAAUUCAACAAUGUUGAAUAAAAUUAAUAUCACAAAUGAGAGAUUUCAUACUAAUACAACUCAGAAGUCAAGCAGCUAUUUAAAUGUUCCUGAACCUUUGACUGAUUUGGAACUAAAAAACACAGAUUUAGUCACAAGGAAUAGGUCAUGGCUACAAACUUCACAUAUUGUGGAAGAACAGCAAAAAAGUGCCCAAAAGCUACUAGAAGUGAAGACAAAUAUUGAAACUUUUAGAGAAACAGUUACAAACAUGCUACAGCCAUCUGCGGCUACAAAAAACACUUUACUGGAUGAAAGCGUUAAUGCAAUAACACAAAAGAAUAGAUCAUGGCUAAUAACUUCAAAUAUAGUGGAAGAACAGCAAAAGGGCAUCCACAAGCUUCCAGUUAUUACAACAAAUAAGGGAUCUUUUAGUCCAACAGUUAUGACUUUUACAGCUGAAUCAUCACGUUUACUUGAUGAAAAUAAAAAUAUAAAGAAAAGUGCAAUCAAUGAUGAUGACAAGAUUUCAACAUCCAUAAAAGGGACAUCUGAAAGAAGUCAGCCAAGUACAUUCACAACUCCCUCAUCCUAUUGGCCAAUGAAGAAAACAUCAUCUUUACCAGAAAGAAAACGUGUUGGCCAAAGGACAUAUGCAAAUGGAACUACAAGGAUGAUUUCUGCCUAUGGACCAGUCAAUCCCACAAGUGCCCCUUCACUGAUCACUCCAUCUUUGUACAGAGGAACUGAGAGAUCAACAUCACUGGACAUGGACAAGACUUUAGAUACAUGUGGUGGAUUGCUUCAAAGACGUUCUGGAAGGUUUCAAAGCCCCGGAUUCCCACAGUCCUAUGACAAGGAUAUGAAUUGUAAAUGGGUCAUUGAAGCUCCACUUGGCUUCUAUGUCACCCUCGAUUUCAUAUCACUAAUUGUAGAGGAGCACACAAUAUGUCAAUAUGACCAUGUACUGGUAUAUGAUGGGAAAGAAAGUGACGGCCAACUGAUUGGAAGGUUCUGUGGAUUACAAGUUCCCUCACAACUCCAGACAACUUCCAACAUAAUGACAGUGAUUAUGAGGUCUGACUCAACGGAAGAACUUGCCGGAAUUUUGGUGGAGUUCACAUCAUGGCCAUAUACGCCUGAUGGUAUUCGCCUAAAAAGAGGACAGACCCUAUUGGAGGGUGAGGUUGAAGUGGAAUAUCAUGGAAUACGUGGCAGUAUAUGUGCCAAACAGUGGAGCAAUAAGAAUGCUCGAGUAGUUUGUCGCCAGCUGGGCUACUUUGGGCCUGCACUAGCGACAAGAAUGAUUGGCGAGGAAGGCAUUCCAAUGGCUCAUUCAUUUGUUAACUGCAGUGGAGACGAGGCAACUCUUGAGGAUUGCAGUUUGAAGAAUUCUAGCUCCUGUGAUACAAAGGAAAGAGCAGGGGUAAUAUGUCAAGAACCCCCUAUCUUGCAGUCAUGCGCUGCUCUCAAGGAAGCUGGGAUUUCUGAUUCAGGACGGUAUUUUAUUGAUCCAGAUGGAGCUGGUCAAGGAGUUUCCCCAUUCAACGUGUACUGUGACAUGUCUUCCGCCACAGGUAUAACAGUGAUAAGCCAUGACAGUGAGCGUCGUUUACGUGUGACCCCAUGUAAGGAGGCGGGAUGCUAUAGGAGGGAGCUGAAAUAUAAUGCAGAUAUAUCUCAGCUCACAGCUCUAACUAAGGUAUCAGACAGCUGUGAGCAGUUUGUAAGGCUUGACUGCCGUCACAUUCGCUUCCUUGAGUCUGGCUGGGGCUGGUGGGUGUCCCGGGAUGGGAAGAAGAUGAAUCACUGGGGAGGUGCUAACACCAUCACUGGGGGUUGCGCAUGUGGAAGAACAGGAUCCUGUUCAUCUCCUGACAAGCUAUGUAACUGCGACAGUAAUGACCACAUCUGGAGGACUGAUGAUGGCUUCUUAAGAGAUAAGGACGCUCUCCCAGUGCACGCUGUGCAUUUUGGGGACACUGAUGAUUUCCCAGUCGAAAUGGCGUACCACACCGUUGGAAAACUCAGGUGCCGUGGCCAAGGCAAAAGCUCGUCCAACAAUUAGAAGAUAAACCCUAAAUAUAUAUGAAACCACAGUGAAGCUGACGAUUAGGUGAAGACCUAACAUGUUGAGUGAAAUUCUGUUACAGCAUUUCGUAAAUUUAGUUCACAGGCUUUACAAUAAAAUUGUUAAGCAGAUUG